AUGGCUCCGCUGCUGCCCCCUGUUGGUUCGGAGGUCUUCAGACGCUUCAGGCCCAAGUCGCUAGAGGAAAUCCAACGACGACAGGAAGUUGAGGAGAAGGAGCAACAGAGGAGGAAGGAGAAGAACAUUGAGGUAGCAGAGGAAGAUCUUCCUAAACCUGCCAGUGACCUGGAGGCCGGGAAGCCCCUCCCAUUCAUCUAUGGAGACCCGCCCCCCGAGUUUCUCAACACCCCUUUGGAGGAGCUAGAUCCCUUCUACCAAUCACAGAAGACGUUCAUCGUGCUCGGUAAAGGAAACAUCAUCUACAGGUUUAACGCUGAGCCGGCGUGUUACCUGCUGAGUCCGUUCAGCCGUCUGAGGAACGCCGCAAUCAGGAUCCUCAUCCACUCUUUAUUCAGUUUGUUUAUCAUGUUGACAAUUCUGGCCAACUGUGCGUUCAUGACGUUGAGCGAUCCUCCGGCAUGGAGCAAGACUGUGGAAUACGUGUUUACAUUCAUCUAUACGUGUGAAGCCGCAGUGAAAGUCGUCUCCAGAGGAUUCUGUGUGGGAAGCUUCACCUUCCUUAAGGACCCGUGGAACUGGCUGGACUUCAUGGUCAUCAGCAUGGCGUACCUCACAGAGUUCGUAGAUCUGGGAAAUGUUUCUGUGUUGAGGACGUUCAGAGUUCUCCGAGCACUGAAGACCAUCACUGUGAUCCCAGGUCUGAAGACGAUCGUUGGAGCUCUCAUCCAAUCGGUAAAGAAGCUGGCUGACGUCAUGAUCCUGACCGUGUUCUGCCUCAGCGUCUUCGCUCUGAUUGGUCUACAACUCUUCAUGGGAAACCUGCGGCAGAAAUGUGUCCUGAUACCACCACUGUUGCCUAGCAACAAUACAUCUGACAUCGAUCUCCACACCAGUUACCGUGGCAACGACACUCAUGACAACUAUACAGGAAGUGACUUCGAUUACUAUGAGUACAUCAACAACUCAGAGAACUACUACUUCUUGCCCGGUCAGCUCGAUGCUCUGCUGUGUGGAAACACCUCUGAUGCCGGGGUCUGUCCGGAGGGAUAUGUGUGUCUGAAGGCAGGAAGAAACCCAAACUAUGGAUACACUAGCUACGACUCUUUUGGGUGGGCUUUCCUGUCUCUGUUCAGACUCAUGACCCAGGAUUUCUGGGAAAAUCUUUUCCAUCUGACGCUGCGAGCUGCAGGUAAAACCUACAUGAUCUUCUUCGUGGUCGUCAUCUUCCUCGGCUCCUUCUACCUCAUUAACCUCAUCCUGGCGGUGGUGGCGAUGGCGUACGCGGAGCAGAAUGCGACCACAAUGGCGGAGAACAAACAGAAGGAGGAGGAGUACGCUCAGAUCCUUGAGCUACUGAAGAAGAGAGAGGCUGAGCAGGCGGCCUGCAGGGCGGCACUCUCAGAGGAACAGGAUUCAUCUGCGGGAAUAAAGAGCCACGAGCAAGAACACACCGCCAUGGAAGACUUCGCGGAGGACCAGAGGCCAUGUCCUCCAUGUUGGUACGCCUUCGCCAAUGUCUUUCUCAAGUGGAACUGUUGUGGCAGUUGGCGGCGGCUCAAACAGUGGCUCUACACCUUCGUCAUGGACCCUUUCGUGGACCUCAGCAUCACCAUCUGCAUUGUCCUCAACACUGUCUUCAUGGCCAUGGAGCAUUAUCCCAUGACGGAGGAGUUCGAGGAGCUUCUGAGCGUCGGAAAUCUGGUCUUCACAGGGAUCUUCACAGCUGAGAUGGUGCUCAAAAUUCUGGCCAUGGACCCAUACUUCUACUUCCAGGUAGGCUGGAACAUAUUCGACAGCAUCAUAGUCACCAUGAGUCUUGUGGAGCUGGGAUUGGCUAACGUCCAGGGACUCUCCGUGCUGCGCUCCUUCAGAUUGAUGCGAGUGUUUAAGUUGGCCAAGUCUUGGCCGACCCUCAACAUGUUGAUAAAGAUCAUCGGGAACUCUGUCGGCGCUCUGGGGAAUCUGACUCUCGUUCUCGCCAUCAUCGUCUUCAUCUUCGCCGUUGUCGGCAUGCAGCUUUUCGGAAAGAACUACAAAGACUGCGUCUGUCGUAUCAACUUCGACUGCAAGCUUCCUCGUUGGCACAUGUACGACUUCUUCCACGCCUUCCUCAUCAUCUUCAGGGUCCUGUGUGGAGAGUGGAUCGAGACCAUGUGGGAUUGCAUGGAGGUGUCCGGACAGAGCAUGUGUCUGAUCGUCUUCAUGAUGGUGCUCGUCAUUGGAAACCUUGUGGUCCUGAAUCUGUUUCUGGCCUUGUUGCUGAGCUCGUUCAGCGGUCUUGCAGUUACAGAAGACGAAGGAGAAAACAACUUGCAGAUCGCUAUAAAUCGGAUCAACAGGGCUGUGUCUUGGACAAAGAUAUGGAUCCUGGAACAAAUCUGGACUUUCAUUGGAAAGAAGAACCACGUCAGCCCAGACCACAGCGUGGUUGAUAGUAAAGACAACGAAAGGACUACAAAGGAGUUUUUGGCUUUGACCUUUGUGAACUCUGAGGUCAAGUCCCUUGACUGUCAUCAUCACAACCUGACCAGCAACUACCACAACAUCCCGCUGCUAAGGGUCCCCAUCGCAGAGGCCGAGUCUGACUUCGAAACGCCCGACAACGUUAAUGAAGAGGAUAAUGAGGAUGAGGAUGAGCAGGAAGAAAAAUACUCCCAAUGUGACCAGUCGUCGGUCUGCAGCACGGUACAGAAGCUUCCGGAUGUUCAGGAGGAGGAAGAAGACAAAGAUCACGAUGAAAACACACCAGAGGACUGCUUCACCAACAAGUGCUACGGGCGCUGUCCAUUCCUGGACGUAGACACGUCCCAUGGCAGUGGGAAGGUCUGGUCUAACGUCAGGAGAACAUGUUUCUCCAUCGUAGAACACAACUACUUUGAAACCUUCAUCAUCUUCAUGAUCCUGCUGAGCAGCGGAGCUUUGGCGUUCGAGGACAUCUACCUGGAGCAGCGGCGGGUCAUAAAGAUAGUCCUGGAGUACGCAGAUCAGGUGUUCACCUACGUGUUUGUGGUGGAGAUGCUUCUUAAGUGGGUCGCCUACGGAUUCAAGACUUACUUCACCAACGCCUGGUGCUGGCUCGACUUCCUCAUCGUAGACGUGUCUCUGGUGUCUCUGACAGCAAACAUCUUGGGAUAUUCUGAGCUGGGAGCCAUCAAGUCUCUGAGGACUCUGAGAGCCCUGAGACCGCUGAGGGCUCUGUCCCGCUUUGAGGGCAUGAGGGUGGUGGUAAACGCUCUGGUCGGAGCAAUCCCAUCUAUCUUUAACGUUCUGCUCGUGUGUCUAAUUUUCUGGCUCAUUUUCAGCAUCAUGGGAGUGAAUCUGUUUGCAGGAAAGUUUUAUUACUGCUUCAACGAGACGUCUGAGGAAAUGUUUCACCCGGAGGACAUCAACAACAGGAGCGAGUGUUUCGCUCUGAUGGAGGCAAACUUCACAGAGGUCCGCUGGAGAAACGUAAAGGUUAACUACGACAAUGUGGGGAUGGGCUAUCUGUCGCUGCUGCAAGUAGCCACAUUUAAAGGCUGGAUGGACAUAAUGAAUGCAGCGGUGGACUCCAGAGACGUGGAGUCCCAGCCGAUCUACGAGGACAAUCUGUACAUGUACCUUUACUUUGUCAUCUUCAUCAUUUUCGGCUCCUUCUUUACUCUCAACCUCUUCAUCGGCGUCAUCAUUGACAACUUCAACCAGCAGAAAUCAAAGAUGGGAGGAACAGAUAUUUUCAUGACGGAGGAGCAGAAGAAAUAUUAUAAUGCCAUGAAGAAAUUGGGCUCCAAGAAACCUCAGAAACCCGUUCCACGUCCUGAGAAUAAGUUCCAGGGUCUGAUCUUUGACCUGGUGACCACGCAGGUCUUUGACAUCUUUAUCAUGGUGUUAAUCUGCCUCAACAUGGUGACAAUGAUGGUUGAGACAGACGAGCAGAGCGUGGAGAAGGAAACCAUCCUGUACUGGGUCAACCUUGUCUUCAUCAUCAUUUUCACCGCAGAGUGCAGUCUGAAGAUGAUUGCGCUCCGACAGCACUACUUUGCUGUCGGCUGGAAUAUCUUCGACUUUGUGGUUGUCAUCCUGUCCAUCGUAGGCCUCCUCCUCGCCGACAUCAUAGAGAAGUAUUUUGUUUCGCCCACACUCUUCCGUGUGAUCCGAUUGGCUCGUAUCGGCCGAGUCCUUCGUCUCAUUCGUGGAGCUAAAGGGAUCCGGACACUGCUGUUCGCCCUGAUGAUGUCACUUCCUGCCCUCUUUAACAUCGGCCUCCUCCUCUUCCUCAUCAUGUUCAUCUUCUCCAUCUUCGGCAUGUCUAACUUUGCCUACGUGAGGAAGGAGGCGAUGAUUGACGACAUGUUUAACUUUGAAACGUUCGGAAACAGCAUGAUCUGUUUGUUUAUGAUCACCACGUCAGCGGGGUGGGACGGGCUGCUGAACCCCAUCAUGAACACGCCGCCGGACUGCAACCCUGAUGUAGAGAACCCGGGGUCGAAGGUCAGAGGGGACUGCGGCAGUCCGGCGAUGGGCAUUGUCUUCUUCACCACCUACAUCAUCAUGUCCUUCCUUGUGGUGGUCAACAUGUACAUCGCCAUCAUCCUGGAGAACUUCAACGUGGCCACGGAGGAGAGCACAGACCCGCUGUGUGAGGACGACUUUGAGAUGUUUUAUGAAACCUGGGAGAAGUUUGACCCUGACGCUUCCCAGUUUAUACAGUACAGCAAGCUGUCAGACUUCUGCGACACUCUGAAGGAUCCUCUGAGGAUCUCCAAACCAAACACCUUCAAACUGAUCCGCAUGGACCUGCCGCUGGUCCCUGGGGACAAGAUCCACUGUCUGGACAUCCUGCUGGCUCUCACUGCACAGGUUCUGGGUGAUUCAGGAGAGAUGGAUGCUCUCAAAGCGAGUAUGGAGGAGAAGUUCAUGGCCAACAACCCCUCCAAGGUGUCAUAUGAACCAAUCAGUAGCACUCUGCGCAGGAAACAGGAAGAGGUGGCGGCGUCGGUGAUCCAAAGAGCAUACAGGAAACACCUCCUGAAGCGGACCGUCAAACUGGCGUCCUACAAAUACCGCGAGAAGAUGGAGGGACGGCGAGAUGAGGAGCCGCCGGAGACAGAAGGACUACUAUGUAAACGCAUCGGUCAGCUAUAUGGAGGCGAGGACAUGCAGGAGCCACCCACCCGGGUUGAGCUUCAGAGCGAGGUCAUCCUCCACGCUGCUCCCCCCCAUAGCGCCUCCCACUACCUGCUAGAUGAGAACCUGAGGGAAUCAAUUGUCUGAUGACAAUUGAUGUUUUCCAUGUUGUGUGGACUCAUGUUAACUGCUGUAAAGACUCAGCAGAGACGUCACAGAUCCUGAACCCUCGACACCUCAAGGAAAUCUGCUGUUAGUCCAAUCUGAGCUCUAUUUCUGGCUUUCCACAUGAAAAUGUUUUAUCACUGCGUCUUCAUUUUCUUUAUGUGCUGAGGUGUCUCCUAACAGAGUCCAGGCUCACUGAGACACGGACAGGUGAACAAAGAUGUGAUUGUGACCACUGGUAAUCCAUGAAUCAUCUGUAGCUCUCUGCCCCGUGUGAAGGUCCCCUAAAGAUACAACACUACAUUACAUUACAUUACAUUACAGGUCAUUUCGCAGAUGCUCAUAUCCAGAGCGACUUACAUUGAACCUGGUGCAACUCAGGGUUAAGUACCUUGCUCAGGGGUACAAUGGUGGCAGCCUGGUAUUGAACUCCCGACCUUCUAGUGUUUUGUUUGGAAGGCCACUAGACCACUAGGCAAUCACCACCACAAGAUACACACCACACUAAAGAUACAACACAAAAAAUACAACAUUAAAUAUAUUACACUAGAUACAUUACACAAAAGAUACUAAACUAAAGAUACAACACUAAGCAUACAACACUGAAGAUAUUACAGCACAAACAUAUAUAUAUAUAUAUGUUUUUAAGGUUUUAACAGUCAUAAGGUGAGAUGUUAAUAACCAAAAGCUUGUUUGUUUCUGAGCUGAAGGUAACUUCAGAUGCCGCAGGGUUCAUAUUGAAGAAGUACUUCAUGUAUUUAUACACACUGCAGUAAAUUGAAUUCAGAUCUAGAGAUGUUUGCGUCCUUAAAUAGAUUUCAGGACUAACAUAAUAACGAAAGCAUGAAUGAGUGAUUAAUAGAUCCUUUAAACAUGUGUCCUCAGGAAACUAUAUUAUAUAUAUAUUAUACUAUAUACUGUAUUUGUAAGGAUAUAACAGGCUGACUUUGUUAUUGACUUAUGAUAUUGAUAUGGCUGUUAAAAUAGAUUUCUGACUCAUAUAUGAAGAAUAUGGAUCCUGGAGAUAAUAUAAAAUUGUAUUUUGGGGUGGUUUUACAGAUUAUAAUUGUUAUAUUAACGAGAAUCAGACUGCUUAAGUUUAUCACUACAUUAGUUUAGUUUCUCUUUAUUCGACUACUGCUUUUCAUUAUUUAAAGAAGUGAUAGCCAGAUGCUUCAAUCAUAGUUAACUGAAAUAAAAACUAACUUCGGCUCCAGUCUGCAGGUUAAUGUUGUUCUGA